CAAACGCAGACUGCAGCAGCUCUCAGUAUCCUGGAUACAGCAAAAGUUUUAUUUGGCAGCAGUGUCUGUUUCUUUCAUUACCAGCUGAUGUAUUGAAUACAAAUGGCAUCGGUGGUUCAGUACGGCCGAAGAAGAGGCUCCAGUAAGAGAGCAUCUUCAGCUGAGGAAGUCAGUUCGAUGAUCCAGCCACCAGACCUCCGACAAGUCACUGUCUUAACCAAGGCCGAAUGGCUGAGGAUUCAAGAUUCACUGAACCAUGUCGACAAAGAGAAGCAAAGUCUAAGAGAGGCGACGAAACAGAGAGAGGCACUGUAUUCGAAAUCACAAGAGGUGGUGAAGCAGUGGUCCAAUACUAUCGCUGGUCAAGCCCAAAAGCAGCUAGAUGCAAAGAAGAUUCGGGAUGAGAUUGCUGAGGAGAAAAGGAAAGUGGUUGAUAAAGAAGAGGCUGAAUAUCAGGAGCGGAAGCGGAAAGAGGCCAUCGAAAAAGCCAAGACACAGCUGUAUUAUCAAACCGACCGCGUUAAAGGCUUUCAUCGUGCGCUCUUGCUGACAGAGGUGCUGAAGGAGAGGGAUGCUCAGAUUGAGCUGAAGCAAAGAAUCAAGAAUUCCUAUAAAGAUGUGGACAAAGACAUCACUGAUAUGAUGAAGACCAAAGAGGACGAAGCCUUGAGACAGGAGCAAGAGAAAGCACUUCAGAAAAAGCUCGAGAGACAUGCUGUCGCAGAGGACCUGAAACAUCGGAUUAAGGAAAAUUUGCUGGUGAGGGAGCAGGAGGCGAUGGAGAACAAGAAGGAUGGAGAGGAGAUCCAACGUCUUAAAGAGCAGUACCAAUGGGAGCAAAGAAUGGAGGAAGAAAAACAAGCAAGGCAGAAGAAAGACCUCAUGCAAGCUCACCUGGAACAUCUCACCAAUAGGGACCUCAUAAGAGCGACAGAUACACAAAAACAGGAGGCCGAAGAGGAGAAAAGGAAGGUUUUUCUCACCGCGAAACAAAAAAUGAUAAAGUUACGCAAAGACAGAGAGGCAGAAUUGUUUAGAGAGGCCCAGAUGCGCAGGGAGAAGAUCAAGGACAAACUCACAGUCGUGCAGCAGGAGAAAAUUGACGACGAGGAGCAGAGGAUCGCAAAGGCCGUCGCCGAACGGGACGCAAAAGAGGCAGAACAGCUGUGGAAGGAGGAGGAGGAGAAGGCCGCGAUGUUGAAGUCGAUCAUCGCACACAGAGAGCUCCUGAGACAAGAAAAGGAGCAGAAGGACAAAAUGGCAAAACAGAACAACCAAGAAACGCUCCAGGCCAAGAAAGAAGCCGACAAAACCUUUCGUGAGAAGCAAAAACUGAAAGCUCAGAAGAACAAAGAGGAUGGAAGAAAACUACAAGACUUCAACGCCAGACAAAUGGCUGGAAAACUUGCCCGACUCCAGCAGCUGAGGAGGGACGACGAGGACUUUGAAGAGAAAAGUGCACAGCUCAUGGUCGAGGAGGCAAAACAGUUUCAGCUGUAUUCACAGCAAGUCAUCAGCGCGGCUGCCGAGGCUCAGCGAAACGUGUUUCCACUUUGCAAAGCUGCGAGGGAGGGGAUCGGUGGAGGCGUCAGUCCCAUUUCCAUUGGAGUCAUGCCCAGAUACCUUGUUCAGGACUCCACUGGUGUUCAAAUGCCCAAUUAUGUGUCUGGUACCACCCAGAACAUUAAAAAGCUUAACGAGGCUGUAGAUAUUGAAGAAGCAAAGAAGAGGCUCGGGUUUUCAUGGUGAUGGGCCUCUGUUAUACCCCUAAAUGUACCAUCUUUGAACAUACUGCUGAAUAUUGUAGCAAUAUCUAUAAAACAUUUUGACAAAG